CCCCCACGCCGUGUGUGUGAGUGUGUGUGUGUGUGUGUGUGUGAGUGAGUGUGUGGGGCAGUGUGGCCGCGGCCGCCCCGCGCCCGCGGAGCCGGCGGCGCGCAGGGACCCGCGCAGACACCGCAGCCCCUCCGGCAGCACCUCCGAGCGGCCGCCCCGCCGUCAUCCAUCCCCCCUCUCGCAGGAAUGGUUAUUGGGUUGCCUUGGAGAUGAUCCUGCUGCUGUAAAUGUAGGGCCGAAGAUUAAUGGUGUGGGCAGUAUGGAGCUGAUGAACGGACAGUCCAGUGGUGUUAACAUUGCAGCUACUGCUUCAGAGAAGAGUAGCAGCUCCGAGUCCUUGAGUGACAAGGGUUCAGCUGAACUGAAGAAGAGCUUUGAUGCAGUGGUAUUUGAUGUUCUAAAGGUCACACCAGAGGAAUAUGCGGGUCAAAUAACACUAAUGGAUGUGCCUGUAUUUAAAGCAAUUCAGCCAGAGGAGCUGGCAAGCUGUGGCUGGAAUAAAAAAGAGAAAUACAGUUCUGCACCCAAUGCUGUUGCUUUCACCAGAAGAUUCAAUCAUGUAAGCUUCUGGGUUGUUAGAGAGAUUCUGCAUGCACAGACUUUAAAAAUACGAGCUGAGGUUUUGAGCCACUACAUCAAAACUGCAAAGAAGCUGUAUGAGCUGAACAACCUCCAUGCCCUCAUGGCAGUGGUGUCAGGCCUCCAGAGUGCUCCCAUCUUCAGGCUGACCAAGACGUGGGCGUUACUGAGUCGGAAGGAUAAAGCCACCUUUGACAAGCUGGAAUAUGUUAUGAGUAAAGAAGAUAAUUACAAAAGGCUCAGAGACUAUAUCAGCAGCUUGAAGAUGACUCCCUGUAUUCCCUACUUAGGUAUUUAUCUGUCAGACUUGACCUAUAUUGACUCUGCCUACCCCUCAACAGCAAGCAUUCUGGAAAGUGAGCAAAGAACAAAUUUAAUGAACAAUAUUCUUCGAAUUAUCUCAGAUUUGCAGCAGUCGUGUGAAUAUGAUAUUCCUAUGUUGCCUCAUGUCCAAAAAUAUCUCAACUCAGUUCAGUACAUAGAAGAACUGCAGAAGUUUGUAGAAGAUGACAAUUACAAACUUUCAUUAAAGAUAGAACCAGGGACCAGCACGCCCCACUCUGCUGCUUCCAGAGAAGAUUUAGUAGGCUCUGAAGUUGGAGCAUCUCCACAAAGUGGAAGGAAAACUGUUGCGGCUGAAGGAGCCUUGCUACCACCAACACCCCCUUCACCUCGGAACCUGAUACCCCAUGGACAUAGGAAAUGUCACAGCCUGGGAUACAAUUUCAUACACAAAAUGAACACGGCGGAAUUUAAAAGCGCGACAUUCCCCAACGCGGGACCGCGGCACCUGCUGGAUGACAGCGUCAUGGAGCCCCACGUCCCCUCCCGAGGGCAGGCUGAGAGCUCCACCCUGUCCAGUGGAAUUUCAAUAGGUAGCAGUGAUGGUUCUGAACUCAGUGAAGAGACUUCCUGGCCAGCAUUUGAAAGGAACAGGUUGUACCAUUCUCUCGGUCCGGGGACAAGAGUGUCACGAAAUGGCCAUCGAGGCCACAUGAAGGCCAGCAGCUCCCUAGAAUCUGAAGAUUUGGCUGUUCAUUUGUAUCCAGGAGCAGUUACUAUUCAAGGUGUUCUCAGGAGGAAGACUUUGUUGAAAGAAGGCAAAAAACCUACAGUAGCAUCUUGGACAAAAUACUGGGUAGCACUGUGUGGAACCCAUCUCUUCUACUACGCUGCAAAAUCCCUGAAGGCUACAGAGAGAAAACAUUUCAAAUCCACGCCCAGUAAGAGUGUCUCAGUGGUGGGCUGGAUGGUGAUGAUGGCAGAUGACCCUGAGCAUCCAGAUCUCUUCUUAUUGACUGAUUCUGAGAAGGGAAAUUCAUAUAAAUUUCAAGCUGGAAACAGAAUGAAUGCAAUGCUCUGGUUUAAACACCUGAGUGCUGCCUGCCAAAGCAACAGACAACAGGUUCCUGCCAACUUGAUGACCUUUGAAUAACAGGCAAAUUCAAAACAAUAAAAAAGGACAAUUUGAGCCAUCUCAUAAUUGAGAAACAAGGUCCUAAUGAAAAAUGUGCCAGCUGUAUUCUGUGCCACAACAGAACCUGUCAACUCGAUCUCUGAACUCUGGAGCCCUGAACAAAACCACUAAAGGUUGGGGAGUGGAGUCUCCCAAAUUAAAAAUGGAGUUGCAACAUGAAUUGCCAUGGACCAUGCUUCAUUAUGUUCUGAGAACUGACCUGUGGAAACCACUGCCUUAAAGAGUGAAAGGAAAAACAACAUGAAACACCAAAUAGUGUGUGUGAAACUUCUGGCGGUGCUGUGCUUGAGUUAAAUAGAUUGUAGCUAGUUUUGAGUUUCUUUUAACUUUAUACUAAUUUUGAAAAUAACUCACCUUUUUAGGCAUUCUUAAGAAAACAGGUAAACUGGUAUUUAAGAGUUGUAUCAAAAGCUGUGUAUGAACCAGGUAAAAGGUACUACAUGUUCUGGAGAUGUUGUUUAGGCCAUCCCAGGAGUCCUGGAGGGAAGCUUGUCCCAGGCACACGGCCUGGAGCAGUGUUAUUUCUCUCAGACCUGUAAGAAAUGUAACACAAGUGCAAGUUCAGAGCAGCACUGAGCUUGCAAACCUUGGUCCUGUAUGGGAGCCAGACUCCGAGAGUGGCACAGAGGCUGAGCCAAAAAUCACUUUGGUACGUUUAGCCCUAAUUUCUGGUUAAAACCACGAGUUUUGGGCAGUCGGGGGGGGUGUGUGUACGAGACAAAACUGAAAGCACUGUUGGGUCAGAACUGAGUGUUUUCAUCCCAUGUGUUUCUAUGCCUGUGGCUCUCCUGCACAGAAAGGCUGAAUGACAAAACACCAACACCUGGGUACAGCUCACUGAGAUGUUUGACUUUGGGUAUCUGCUAAUUAUCAGUUAGGGACCACUGAUUAGUGUGUGGUGUUUCAUAAUAUCACUUCAGAUGGACAUUUUAAAAAGAUAGAGGCACAAUUUCAAGCUUUCAUGUUCUCAUUUGGCAAUAAUUGAUUUUAGUAUCUGUCUCAGUCGAAGUAGUUGACGUUGUGUGGUGUUGAUAACAUGGCCUAAAGAAGCCCUUACAUACAGAAGCUCUUUUGAUCUUCAGGCAAUUAACUAAUUUAUUAGAAGGUAGGAUAACCUAAGGAGAGAAAAGGUGUGGGGCCAUCAAAAUUCCAUCCUUGACAGGAAUCAUUCUUGGUCACUGAAAUUACUCACAGAGAAAAACAUAAUGGUUGUAAAAAGGGAGCUGUGCUUUUUGUGUGUGUUUGAUGCUUAAGACUUUGAUUCUUGCUUUAUUGGGGUUUCCUUGACGUCACCUAGUUUCCUGAAUGAUUGGUCUUUCUUUAAUCUUCAAAAAUAUGAUCUUUGUAAAGCAAGGAAACAUUGUCCAAACUAUGACUCUGAUAUUGGAACUUUGAAGUCUGUGAAAAAGUAGUAACUGUUCCAUUGACAUUGUGGUUUAGUGACCGUAAAUAUGCUUGCAGAUUCCACCAUGAAUUCUCCUUUUUAAACAGAAACAAGCUACCUACCAGUCUGUUUCAGAGUUCUCUGACUAUCUAAUAAAGGUUUCUACUAGUAGUUGUUAUUUUGAAAAUGUAUAGUUUGUUUAUUGCAUCUGAGUAGAAGCCUGUCAAUUCACAUUUGUGGGGUUUUUUUUCCAGAGUCAAAUUAAUCGUGUAAUGGAAAUGAUUAAUUUUUGAUUUCUGGCCAGCAAAAAUAAGGAUAAUCCAGUCUCACAGUAAACAAAACAAAACACAAAAACCCCAAGCACUUGGUGAAGUAAAGGGUAAUAGGGUGGUUUAUGUUUCCAAGAAUUGUUCUGAAUUGGCUCUUGGUAGAAAGAAAAACAGUAGAAGGAUGCUUCUGUUGGAAUUACACCACAAGGACUUUGGGAAUUUGGCUCCCCUUGCUGAUCUUUUGUUGCUGUUUUGUGUAUGGGGACUGAAUAGUCUGUUCUGAAGUCAAGAAUUUUGGGAAGGGGUUUCUUGUGCUGAAUCCCUCUGCAAUUCACACAUCUGCCAGGUUUACCCACUUUGGGUCUAUAGUAAAGACAACAUCCUGACAGCCAGCAGUGUUACUUUAGUAGACUUUGCACAACUUGAGUUUGGUUUUUUUUCUGUUCUAAACUUACCUAAUGUGUGUUUCUUCAAUGAUUUAAGUGUUUGUUUGGUUUUUUUUUAACAAUUUGUGUUCUUUUUUUUAAGCAUUGUGGAUAAUAGCCUGUGGAUUUUGAAUUUUUAAAUAAGCUAUUCUAGGUUCAUUGCAGCAUAACUGUGUCUGUUCUUUUGUUAGUGAAAAGAAACAUGCAACUGGGAGCCACAGCCUGACAGCCUCAGCUUUGCUAAGGACAGAGCCAGGUCAGGACAUGUCAUUUAUUACUGGAUUUUUGCAUUUUUUCAGCUGUUUUGAGUUAGGUUUUUAUGGUAGGAGGAUGGUGGAGAAAAGAAUUCACAAAUCAUCCUUUAAUGAAUUGCUGUUACCAGCUUUCAUUGUCCUUGCACCUCCUACUCUUCCUUGUUUACUGCCCUCACAUCUGCUGGGUUUUUGUGGGAGAGAUUGAAUAUUGUGGGAGGAGUUUCUUUAAAUGUGUAGCCAGAAUAACUGGAGUGAGUAAUGACAACACAGGAAGUAUUUUUGGCACUUGUCACACUGAGUAGUUCAGUACUUUCCCUUUGUUUAUGGCCACGUAGUCCUGGAGGGCAACACAAACACUGACAUUUCUAGAGCCUGAGAAAAAUGGUGCUCAGAAAGAGCUGCUGGGUUUGUUCCCCCAGGGAAAGCUGCCUCAGCUAAGCUGUGGAAAGACUCAGACAAGUUAAAUGACACACUGUAAAGAAUGUAUUAAUGCUCUU